AUGAAUACACCUAGAAAGGAACUGAUUAGCUAUGUUGGAGAGACAUCCAUUGCCCUUGUUGCAGGAACUCUUCCAGAUGCUGACAUAUAUUUGCCCACAAGUCAAGCACAGAAAAACUACCUAUCGGCUCAUGAGGAAUCGGCUUCAUGGGAAGAAGAGAAUCUCACUGGCAAUAUUUAUACAUCAACAGAACAUACACAGACCGAAUAUACAUCUACUCAAAUUAAGAAGGAACCAGCCUCGAUGGAAGCAGUAAAUCUUACAGACUCGGAUAGGUGUACACACCCAGACAACUCACAGGACUUUUUAGCAACAAGUGGAGAAGAAGUUGUAGAUAUUAAUGCACCCACGGAAUAUGUGCAGGCAGAAGUACCCACACUUAUAAGAAAGGAAUCACUCUCAUGUAGAGAGUGGCAUUUUCAGUGUGGUGAAGACUUUGACAAAGGACCAGCUUUCCUAACUCAUCAACUGACGCACAACCCUCUGCGAACGUACAGCUGUUCUGAGUGUCAGAACUACUUCACAAGCUAUUUAAAUUUUGUUAAACAUCGGAGGCUUCACAGAGGACAGAAAGAGCUCUGCCCAGAAUGUGGAAAACACUUUUCUUCUAAAUCAAAUCUGGCAGCACACUACAAAAUUCACACUGGGGAGAAGCCAUUCUCUUGCUCCAUAUGUGGAAAAGGUUUUAUUAACCAAGCACAUCUUAUUAGGCAUGAGAGAUGUCACACAGGAGAAAAAACAUUUUCAUGUCCUCUAUGUGGGAAUGUUUUUACUAAUCGGGCACAUCUUAUUAGAGAUGAAAGGAGUCACACAGGAGAAAAACCAUAUACAUGCUCAGAAUGUGGGAAAUGUUUUACUAGUAGGUCAAGUUUUAUUUCACAUCAGAGGAACCACACAGGAGAGAAACCAUUCUCUUGUUUUACAAAUCAACCAGAUCGUAAUAAACAUCAUAGCGUACAUACUAGAGAGAAACCGUUCUCCUGCUCUCAGUGUGGGAAAUGUUUCACCCAAAGCUCCCAUCUUGUUCGACAUCAAAGGAGUCACACAGGGGAGAAACCAUUCUUAUGUUCUGUGUGUGAGAAACGGUUUAGUUUAAAUGAAAAUCUCGUUACACACCAGAGGAUUCACAUAGGAGUGCAGCCGUUUUCUUGUUCCAUAUGUGGGAAAAGUUUCUCCAGUAAAUCUAAUUUUCUUACACACGAGAGAAGCCAUUUCCUUGUUCUGUGUGUGGAAAAUGUUUCACUAAUCAGUCAGAUCUUCUUAAACAUGAAAGGAUUCACACAAGAGAGAAGCCUUUCUCAUGCACUGAAUGUGGAAAAUAUUUUACCCAAAGCUCUCAUAGUUACAUAG